CAUACCUAUGACUUUCGCCACUGAAACUUCUCUCCGAGAGUUUAUCUCUGGUAACAAUUUGUUCACGACGUCUCUAUACAAGCAAAUCACCACCCACCACCAUGGUAAUUUUCUUGUAAGUCCUUUAUCAGUGGAGAUCAUCCUCGCAUUAACCCAAUCAGGAGCUAAAGAUGCAACCGCUGAAGAAAUCAGAACAGCUCUCCACCUCCCCAACUCCCAAGAAAAAAUAGAAGCUGCCAUUCAAACCCUCCAACCACUCUUGAAGAAAAACGAUCUCUACACCCUCCAAUCAGCGAAUAAAAUCUACAUCAAGAAUAAUUUCCAGAUAAGGGACGAAUUCAGAAAAUCGGCUACAGUUUUCGACUCGGAAUUAGAAAAUAUAGAUUUCGGGCAAAACAAUGCCGCUGCUAGUACCAUGAACGAUUGGGUGGAAAAUCGUACCAACCAUAAAAUCAAGAACUUGAUUAACGGAGGGGAUUUGGGUGAUCACACCAGAGCUGUUUUAAUCAACGCUUUGUAUUUCAAAGCGAAGUGGUCGACCACUUUCGAAACUUCUAGGACUACGAAGGAAGAUUUCUAUAAACUGGGUACGGAAAAAGUACAAGUGGAUACCAUGCAUGAUACAUGGAACCGGAACUAUUAUGAAAGUCAAGAACUAGGUGCCAAAUUUAUAGAAAUACCGUUUGAAGGGAAUAAGGUUGUUUUUACCGUGGUACUACCGAACGAAAGGAACGGAUUGUCCGUUCUUGAAACUCAGUUGGAGAAGAUUUUCCCAGUCCCUUCUUACACCUGGGAGAAAGUUAGAAUAGCUUUACCUAAAUUCAAGAUUACAAGUACGAUAGAUUUGAAGACAAUCCUUCAGACGUUGGGUAUUAACAAGGUUUUUAAAGGUGAAGAAGCCGACCUAAGUGGAAUUGCCGGCAAUAAGGGAGAUCUUGUUGUCGAUCAAAUACAACAGAAGAGUUUUAUUGAUGUUAAUGAAAGUGGAGUGGAAGCAACAGCUGCUACUUACCUUCGUUUUGUCCAGUGUAGUCUUUCCUUGUCCCCUGAGGCACCACCGAAAGAGUUCAUAGCCGAUCAUCCCUUCAUCUUCUACAUUAAAGUGAAGGAUGUGGUGAUUUUCUCAGGAAGAGUUGUGGAUCCGAGUCAGUAAAAUUC